GGCUUGUAAACCAUAACAAAUAUUAUUUCAUCCUACACAUUUUCUUCUUCUUCUCCAUUACUUUUCUUGAUUAUUGUUCAAUCUCUCCUUAGUUAUAGGAUAUGGGUAUCAAUUAUCCAACAAUGGUGCUCUCGUUGAGAGGUUGAACACAAUCAAAUGAGAAAACCUCCCCAAAUUACCAAAAAUUCUUCCUAAUCACAAAAUUCAAAACAAGAAGUGUUCUGGAAAUAGAAAAAAGCAACGAACAAGAUCUGAAAGUUUGGGAUUUCCCAAAGGAGCCGGAUAUAUCUUGAAAGUCAUCGCCUUCCCGGUCGCCGCCGAACACCCAUAGCAGAGGCUCGCCGCCGGCUGACGCUCAUUAUCCGUUCCUAGGUCUGAGCUGAAGCCGCCACACUCCAUCCACUGCAGCUCGCUGCACCAGUGCGAGCUCCACCGAACCGCACUCCGUCACGGCUCGAAUGUCGGAACCUGAACCCCGGUCACCAUCUUCAUAAUCAUUUGACUCAGCUUCUGGACCUUGAGCUUUGGGUAUCCGCCAUUAAUGACUGUUGGGGAGCUCCGUUCUCGAGCCAAAAGCCAAUCUUCAGGUGGGGGUACAGUACGCCGCAACUUCAGGAACCAGCCGGUCAAGGAUGCCCCAAGACGAGCUUGGCCAUCUCGUCACAGAAUCGCCGGCCAUCGAGUUCGCAGAGUCUGCUCACCGAGACUAGGAGCAGCGCGAUCCGAACCCCUGGGCGAGAUAAUCCGAACUGACAACAAGAUCCGACGACGACCCUCAACUUGGACGAUGGUGAGAUACCAUGCCUUUCCAGCGACACCAGGGACAGAGCUGGAGAGAUGCUUCCGCUUUACUCUAGACCGAAUGGCAGCUGAGGGAGAUGAAGGACCAGACUUCUCAAUUCUCAAAGACCUGCCAGCGAUUAGUAUGGGUCUGGGAACAAGACUACAGAACAAGACUGCAGAACUGCCUGCCAUCUCCUCAUGUGGGAUAUCCAACUAAUCCAAAAAAUCCAGCUAGCAUAACAGGACUCUAGGGUAUCUCCUCUAGUUUAUUUGGGGCGGACAAAGUUUAUUGACAAAGCUGGGUCAGAAUUGGUUGAUGAGUCAAGAUACAUUCUAUACGGGCCAAGACUUCGUCAAGCCCAAUACUGACUCUCAUCAAUAAUAAUGGGCCGGACCAUUUUUGGACAAGUUCUUUCAUAGGGCUGAAUUUCAACACAUCAAGUAUUUGGCCCAACCAACUCCAAAAGAUAAGUACUAUUUAAUUUUUAUACUACGUAUUAUUUAUAUUUAUUUAAAUCAUUUUUUGUCGGGUGAAUGUCACACUAUCACGCACUUAUGAUCAAAUGCCUAGUAGAGUGUGACUUGAGACCCAUCACUAGGAUUUAAAGCCCUGACUCUUCAGGCACAAAGCCCUGACUCCUCAGGCACAAAGCCCAGACUCCUCAGGCACAAAGCCCCGACCAAGUCGGGCACGAAGACCGGUCUUAGUCAUUCCUCGAGUGGCGACCGUUGCUAACGAAUGGCUCACACAUCCAUUCUACUAAGUAUUUAAUCAUUACAUUAACAAUUCACAUCUCCACUUGUUUCGAAUAACGAACUCCCGAUAGGAAACAUAAAUCCCAAGAAAAAGAUUUUAUAUGUAUGAUAAAUGUGUAGGUACAGAGAUGACUUUACUCAUUUUCACCUUGUCUCCACUCGCCUCGAAGAGUGGGGACUGGGGGACUGAGGGGUCAGAGUUUCUAGAAGAGCAGAAAAUAUCACACAUGAGCAGGAACGAGAGCUGAGUCGGUUGAAGAUGAGUUGAGCUAGAUUGAUUAUGCCGGAGGAGAUUUACCUUCCUUGUUUUAUGUUGGGGGCGCUAGGUGUACUCUUUUUCCCUUUAUUAGAAUUUUUUCCCACUGAGUUUUUUCCUAGUAAAGGUUUUUAACGAGGCACCUCCCCAUCAUUGACAAGGGUGGUGGUCCCCCGGCCGAAGAGGAAGAAACCAAAGACACAAGAACGUCGCAGCUACAGUUUGGACUACUCCCUUUCGCCUCGAGUACUCUCGACUCAGGGAGUGGGGGACUCCUAAUGGAGUAUAUGGACUCCGAUCCCCCGGUCUGUCGACUACUGGGCCUGGACAGCGGCCCACACACGUUUAGCGGAUUCAUAUUAUUGUACAUUAUUAUUAUUAAGAUGUUCUAGAUUAGCUUUUUAUACUAUCAGUCCAUUUAUGUAACCGGGGUCUGUCAGGCCCAUAUUAGAGGCCCAGACCCGGAUUUUCCCUAUUUAUACUCCUUAUGGGAGGCUUGUAAACCAUAACAAAUAUUAUUUCAUCCUACACAUUUUCUUCUUCUCCAUUACUUUU